AUGAUUAAAACAUAUACCUUAUAAUUUGCUUCUCAGGAGAUAGAAGAAAUUUAUAGGUAAUCUCUAUUGACUGGCAUUAAACAUAGACGCGAAUAUACUUAUGGAAUAUUAAGUUUAUAUUUGGGAUUAAUAAUAAUAAAAUAUAAUUUGUAAGAGGUUUUGCUACCAUAAAUAUUUGCAGGAGUUGGUAUAGCAUUAGAACUGGCAUUAUUUUUCUUUAUGAAGAAAUAUUGGCAAAACAAAGAAAUCCUUAUCACCAUGAAUCUGAUUUUAAUGGCCACAAUAUGUGAAUGUCUGAGAUUGUUUGAGUCUUAAGAUUUUCUUUGGUAUUAGGGCUAACAUUCAUCCUGUCUUAAAUUAAUUAUUUAUUUAUAGGGAAGUUAGUUUUUAAUUUAAUCCUUCAUUUUCUGUUGCUCCUAAGCUGUAGCAAUUUAUAACUUAAGUCAAUAUGAUAUAUCUGCAAUCAUUUCUCACUGCCUUAUCACUUUGAUUCUAGUCAUGCUUCGUUAUCAAUACGAAAUUAUAAAUAGAAAGAACUUCCUAUCCGGACUUUCUAAAGAGCAAUAUGAAAAUGUGAUAGAAGACCUAUUACCAUCAUGGGUAGUCGUGCUUAAAUAUAACAAAUUAGCCUCCCAACUCUAAAUAGAAAAGAUCAAUAAAAAUCUUAAAGAAAAAUUCAAUCUUCAAAGCAAUGAAGCAUUAAGAGACUUUUUGAGAAAAUUAACCUUAUAUGAUUUUGAAGUAGCUGCCUAAUCUUCGACUAUAAAAAUAGAGCAUGAAAUAAUUUAGAUAUUAAAAUCUAAAAGUGAAGAUCACCCAGUGCAAAGAUACUUUGGAAAUUUGGAAAAGGAGGUCAAUUCAAAAUAACACAAAUUUAAAAUUACCUAGGUUUAUUUUAAAGCAUUCGAACCUUAAGUUAUUCUUUUAUUCGAAGAAAUUAAAGAAGACAAAUACGAUUAGUUCUUAAAUUAAAUUGAAUAAAGAGAUAUUCAGCAACAUCACAACUCCAAAGUAAGCCUAUUAUCAAUUUAUUAAUAAAUGUAACUCAUUUAGUAAGUUCAUACUUAAACCCAAAUGUCCACCUUUAUCAAAAAAGACUAAUCUUGUGCUAUUCAAUAAAAUUUGUAAAAAUUAAUGUAGCAAUGUUAUUAUUUAUACAAUCUUAAUAAUAAUUUGUCGAAUCUCUACAAAAUAUCCCACAGAUAGAUUAAAUAUGAAUUUUAAGAUUUGUAGACGGAAUAAUUUUUUAAGACUACUUGUGAUAAUUUGCUUAUUAAUUAUCAGUAGAGGAGGAUUGAUAUUACCAAUUUUUCAAUUAAAAAAGAGAUAAUCAGAACAGAUAAAAAUAAGUUAGUAUCCAUUAUUAUGAACUUAAUGGAAUUUAUGAAGAUUUUACUCUCAAUAAUAUACACAGAUGAGAGCAUUAUUUUUCAGAUUCAUCCAUUUAAGAAACCUUUUUCAUUAUCCAUAAAACAAUCAAAACUGCAAAAUGAUUCCAUUUUAAUAACUUUAACUCAUCCUAAUUUAAACAUUCCUAAUUCAAUUAUUAAUUUAAUCUAAAAUAUUUAGACAAUUUCAAUUGAUGAUAAAAAAAGAAAUUGGAACAACAAAAACUAUUAUGAUAUGAUCUCCAGUUUGAAUCAUACACUUUCUAAAAUGAUUGAUCACUAUAAAAAUGAUAUUUAAUCUCUUGCAACUAUAGGAGUAGAACUAUAAAAUAGCGGAUAACAGAAUAGAACUCAUCAACAUACUUAAUAGAAAUAAUUUAAUACAUUAGGAUUUAUUAUGGCAUAAUAUUUUAUUAGUCAAUUAGGUCCUUUUAAUAAAAUUAACUUCAAAUAAGCUCUUAUAGAGAAUGAUAUCUUGAAUCCCUAAUACAUUUCGGCCCUUUAUCAAACUAAGAUUCAAUUUACAAUUUAUAAGGACUUGCAAAAUUUUUCAAGAGAAAUUUCAAAAUUAGAAGGAAAUAAUCUGGAUGAGAAUUUGUUUUUUUCACAAAAAAAAUAUAAUAAUUAGCAAAUAACAGAUAGACUAUUUCAAAUUAAUUUUGAGGAUUAGUAAAAGAAUAUAUUUUGA